AUGUCUGCCGUCUUGAAGACUUGCACUUUUACGGCCACACUCAACACUGGAGCCAAAAUGCCUGCAAUAGGCCUUGGAACCUGGCGCUCGACCAAAGACAAUGGUUACAAUGCUGUUCGGAAGGCUAUUGAUGCGGGGUACCGCCACAUCGAUUCGGCUGCGGUGUGUAUGAACGAGCCGGUCAUUGGUAAAGCUAUUCGAGACUCUGGGAUCCCCAGAGACCAGCUUUUCGUCAGCACCAAACUUUGGAGCACUCAGCACCGCAAUCCUGCCCAAGCAAUUAAACAUUCGCUGGACAGAAUGGGACUCGAUUAUGUCGACCUAUACAUGAUGCACUGGCCUCUGGCGUUCAAGACUGAUUUGCUCAAAACGAAAAACUACUUGAUUAUACCCACGAAAGCUGACAAAACUCCGGACGUCGACACCGAAUGGAGCCAUGUCAACACUUGGGAGCUGAUGCAGGAUCUCCCCUCACAAGGCACUGCUAAAGCGAUUGGUGUAGCCAAUUGUUCCAUAAGGCACUUACAGCAAAUCUUAGACUCCCCUGGAAACAAAAUCGUCCCCGCAACGAAUCAAGUCGAAGCGCAUCCUUUUCUACCGCAAAACGAAAUGCUCGCAUUUUGUCGUCACAAGGGCAUUGUAAUGGAAGCGUACUCGCCUCUGGGUUCGGAUGGGGCUCCAUUUGUUAAGGAACCUGUCAUGAGAGAAAUUGCCAAACGCUAUCAUGUGGAACCAGCUCAACUACUCAUCAACUGGGGGUUGAAAAGGGGCUGCGUAGUUCUGCCAAAAUCUGUAACCCCAGAAAGAAUCGUCUCCAACUUGCAAACUUUUGAGCUCUCAGAUGAGGACUUCACAAGAAUAAACGAUCUCGCCCCAGAACGGGGUUCAAAGAGAACGCACAACCCACCCUGGUUUUCUUUCGAAUGA